CGUGUCUUACCUGUGCGCUGUGAUUGGUGCAGCCGAAAUAGACACGAUCCAGCCGUCCCAAAGUUGUGUUCAUCAGGUCGGUGUUCCCGAUCUUGUGUUCUCCGGACGGGUCAGGCGAGGGGCGCAGUGAGCUCCCUUCACCCCGAGUAGGUAUCAGUAUGUGGCGGGUUUUGAAUUGCAGAAGAUACAAUGCAAGUCCUGGUCAUUUAGUACGUCAUCACCACAAAGCUGUGUUGGCGAUUCGAAGAGAGGACAUCAAUGCCUGGGAGCGACGAGCACCUCUUGCACCAAAACACGUCAAGGAACUCACAAAUCUUGGCUAUAAAGUUCUAGUGCAGCCGUCUAAUAGGAGAGCAAUACACGAGAAGGACUACAUUAAAGCUGGAGGAGUUAUUCAGGAAGACAUCUCUGCGGCAUCUCUAAUUGUGGGUGUAAAGAGGCCACCAGAAGACAAGCUCAUUCCCAAAAAGACCUAUGCUUUCUUUUCGCAUACUAUAAAAGCCCAAGAGGCAAAUAUGUCCUUGCUGGAUGAAAUUCUGAAGCUGGAAAUUCGACUGAUCGAUUAUGAGAAAAUGAUGGACCACAGAGGAACCCGAGUAGUGGCAUUUGGACAAUGGGCUGGUGUAGCAGGGAUGAUCAACAUGUUGCAUGGGUUAGGGCUUAGAUUCCUUGCAUUGGGACAUCACACCCCGUUUAUGCACAUUGGAAUGGCUCACAACUACAGAAACAGCAGCCAAGCAGUUCAAGCCGUAAGGGACGCAGGAUAUGAAAUCGCUCUAGGCUUGACACCAAAAUCUAUUGGACCUCUGACCUUUGUGUUUACAGGCACUGGCAAUGUAUCGAAGGGUGCACAAGAAAUAUUUACUGAACUUCCCUCGGAGUUUGUUGAACCCCAUGAACUUCAAGAAGUUUCUAAGACUGGAGAUCUCAGGAAAGUUUAUGGAACUGUAUUAAGCCGCCAUCACCACCUCGUACGGAAAACUGAUGGAGUGUAUGAUCCUGCAGAGUAUGAAAAGAACCCUGAAUUGUACACAUCUCGGUUCAACACAGAUAUUGCUCCGUAUACUACAUGCUUGAUUAAUGGCAUUUACUGGGAUCCACAUACCCCACGUUUACUAAACAGGCAAGAUGCUCAGAGGUUGCUUGCUCCUGUCAAGUCAUCUUCAGCUGCCACAGAGGGUUGUCCAGAGCUACCGCACAAACUUCUAGCCAUUGGUGACAUCUCUGCCGACACCGGGGGAUCUAUAGAAUUUAUGACUGAGUGUACCACUAUCGAUAUUCCAUUUUGUAUGUAUGAUGCUUAUCAGCAUAUCAUCCAUGACAGUGUUGAAGGUAAUGGUAUACUGAUGUGCUCAAUUGACAAUUUACCAGCUCAACUUCCAAUUGAAGCAACUGAAUAUUUUGGAGAUAUGCUAUUUCCUUACAUAGAAGAAAUGAUAAUGUCUGAUGCUACAAUACCACUUGACAAACAGAAUUUUUCUCCUGUUGUAAAAGAUGCAGUGAUUGCAUCCAAUUCCUCAUUGACACCGAAGUACAAAUACAUACAGAAGCUUAGAGAGAGCAGGGAAUAUGCUCAACUAAUGACAAUGGGAGCCAAGAAAAGGAUACUGGUGCUCGGAUCUGGUUAUGUUUCUGGACCUGUUAUAAGCUAUCUCACAAGAGAUCCUAAUGUUGAGAUAACUGCAGUUUCCAUGAUAAGAGAUCAGGUGGAUCACUUGGCAAAGAAGUACAACAACACAACACCACUUGUCAUGGAUGUCCUGAAGAGUGAAGAGAAGCUGUCUUCUAUAGUAAAGAAACAUGAUCUUGUUAUCAGUUUACUGCCCUAUUCGGCACAUCCGCUAGUUGCAAAAAAAUGCAUCAAGGAGAAGAUAAACCUGGUGACUGCCAGCUAUUUGACUCCUGCUAUGAAAGAGCUGCAGCAAAGUGCUGAAGACUCUGGAAUAACGAUAGUUGGUGAAAUGGGGUUGGAUCCAGGCCUUGAUCAUAUGCUGGCCAUGGAAUGCUUUGAUAAAGCUAAAGAUGUGGGCGCCUCUGUAGAGUCCUACGUCUCCUUUUGUGGGGGUCUUCCAGCUCCAGAGUAUUCCGACAAUCCACUGAGGUAUAAGUUCAGCUGGAACCCACUUAGUGUUCUCGUAAAUACAAUACAGCCUGCCACUUAUCUGAAGAAUGGAGAGGUUGUUAAUAUUGCAGCUGGAGGCUCACUGCUGGAGUCUGUUACUGUCAUGGACUGUUUUCCUGGACUGAACCUAGAAGGCUUCCCAAACAGAGACAGUACUAAAUAUGCAGAACCCUAUGGCAUUCAGUCAGCCCAUACAUUGAUGAGAGGGACACUGAGGUACAAGGGAUUUGCUAAAGCAAUGAGUGGCUUUGUGAAAUUAGGACUAAUAAAUGGAGAUCCUUGUCCAUUGCUAGCUGUGGAUGCUCCAGUAGUAAGUUGGAGAGAGCUCAUCUGUCAUCUGCUGAAGGUUCCAUCCUCCACUAGUAUUGGCCACAUUAAGGAAAUCGUGUACAACAAGAUCGGAAGGGAUGAUAGCAACCUGGAAGCUAUCGAGUGGUUUGGCCUUCUAGGUGAAGAACCAGUGCCUGUUGCAGAAUCUGUUGUUGGUGCACUAGCUAAGCAUCUAGAAAUUCUGCUUUCUUUUGGUCCUGGAGAACGGGACAUGAUUGUUAUGAGAAAUGAUAUUGGCAUCAGACAUCCCUCUGGACAUUUGGAAGCUAAAAAUAUAAGCUUGGUGGUAUAUGGAGAUGUAAAUGGCUACUCUGCUAUGUCAAAAACUGUGGGCUAUCCCACUGCUAUUGCCGCUAAAAUGGUUUUGGAUGGUGAAAUUGAUGGCAAAGGUUUGGUAAUUCCUCUGACUAAGAAUAUCUAUGGGCCAAUCCUAGAACGAGUUAAAGAAGAAGGCAUUUUUUACAAUUUAAAAAGCACUUUCUCCCUUUAAGUGAUAUUAAGAGGGCCUGUGCAUUAUACUGAACUGUUUAAUUUAUAUAUUGUCAAAUAUUAUGUUAAACUAUGGCGCGAGAGUAAUUUUUUUUACAAGCACAGCUGCUUUUUGCUCAGUACAAAACGAAUUAUGGAACAAAGAAGAUUUUGGUUUGGUUUAUGAAUGUACUAAAACAUACCAAACUGCCUGUUUGCAUUUGUCAUACUUUCUUAUGUGUCAAAUUUUAAAAUUGUUUUGCUUGAACAUAAAAACUCCUUGUCAUUCUUCAGCCGAUUUUGAUUGUGAAAAAGGAAGUCCUGGGACAAUUCUGUCAUAAACUGCUUUAAAAUGAGUAACGGUUUUAAGAGCUUUAUUGAUUAAAUUGAAAAUGUCAGCAAAAAAAACAAAUUUUGCAUAAAUGCAUUUGCAUUAUGGAUAGAAAAUAGCCAUCACAGCUUAUGUUUGAAGCAAGGUCAUGUUGCUUAAAAUAUACUGUAUACAUAAUAAAUAUAUAUGUGUAGCGCUUAUACAAUGUCAAUCAUAACAAAAAACAUUGAAAUACAUUUUACGAAUAAUUGUGUCAUUCAAAUAAACGACAACAAGACAUUUAUAAAUAGCAAAUGUGCAUCAACUGAGUGUUGGAUGACAAAAGUAAGAAAUAUAUAAUAAAGUCCAUGUGUGAUGAAAUUC